GGCCGAGGGGCUUGUGCAAGGAUUCUAUGCUUUCGCUUCAAAAGCCGAGAAAUACUACAUACAAUCCUCCAAUGAGACGUCUUAUUUGCCUUCUACAUUUACAUCGUGAAAACAGGACCCCAAGAAUGGUCAGAGUCCCGGCGCAUCAUACUCGGACGACUACAUCCUUCGACCUGCACUACUCUCUCAUCUCACUGCUACUGCAUCAGGAUCAACAGCGCUCCUAGAAUGCCUCUGUCGCUUGCUAUAUAGUCUUUCUUGUAUUUCUGACGCAUUUGAUCACACAUCUCAGAACGACAAGGCCAAGAAACGGGGUCUUCUGAGGGGUUUGCGGGCUCUAUUCGGCACACUGAUAUUGUAUCCUUCUAGCUUCUCUCUGUCCACAAUCUGGUGUUAACGCUCCAUUGAUAUCGGCAUUAUGGGUGCAGGAGACGAGGCACGUCGUCCUCCGCCAACUGACGACUCGUUAGAGCGCGAGGUAUCGACCAGCAGCUCUGAAGGCCCGGCAUUCGAGCCAAUCCGAACGCGAAAGACGAGAGACACAGAUGACUAUCGCUUCGACGAUGAAGAACCAACCAGACCAGAUGAGCUUGCAAGGAUUGCAUCCGUCCUGUCCGGAGCUCGAACUCGCACUCUUACUAGCGAUGGCCUGCAGAGACAGGACACUGUUGCCGGCAUGGGCAUUGAGUCCCCUGAAUUCGAUCCGAACAAUCCCGCGUUCAACUUUUUCCUGUGGAUCCGCAAGUUUCUCCAGCUUCUCGAACAGCAGAACAUCAAAUUGCGAAGAUCAGGCUUCACUUUCAAGAAUCUCAGUGUUUCUGGGAAGGGGUCGGCCCUAGUACUCCAGAAGAAUGUCGGCUCCCUCUUUAUGCAACCUUUCCGCAUCCGCGAGCUUUUCCAGCAUCCUGUUGAGAAACAGAUAUUACGAAAUUUCAAUGGACAUGUCAACAGCGGCGAGUUGCUUAUCGUCCUUGGUCGACCUGGGAGUGGCUGUUCUACAUUCCUCAAGACCAUCUGUGGCGAGCUCCAAGGUUUGCAGGUCUCAAAGGACUCCAAGAUCACCUAUAGUGGAAUACCACAGGAGCUGUUCGUGAAGGAGUUCAAAGGCGAGGCAAUAUACAAUCAAGAGAAUGAAAAGCAUUUUCCUCAUUUGACGGUGGGGGAGACUCUUAACUUUGCCGCCGCCUGCCGAACUCCAUCCAACAGAAUUCUUGAUGUUCCUCGAGACGAAUGGGCCAAAUACAUGGCCUCUGUCAUGAUGAACAUCUUCGGUUUGUCACACACCCGCAACACCAAGGUUGGAGACGAUUUCGUACGCGGUGUUAGCGGUGGAGAGCGAAAACGUGUCAGCAUCGCCGAGAUGGCUCUAGCAGGUUCGCCGAUUGCCGCAUGGGACAACUCAACUCGUGGCCUCGACUCACAAACUGCUCUCGAAUUCGUCCGGUCGCUCCGAAUCGCUGCAGACUUCGCAGGCCUCACUUCCCUUAUCGCAAUCUACCAGGCUUCGCAAGCCAUUUAUGACUUAUGUGACAAAGCAAUCGUGCUCUACGAGGGGAGGCAGAUCUACUUUGGACCUUGCGACGAAGCGAGGGCAUAUUUCGAAGACAUGGGCUGGUAUUGUCCUCCUAGACAAACUACAGGUGACUUCUUGACGUCCGUUACCAAUCCCCGAGAGAGGCAACCCAGAGAAGGAUUUGAGAACAAGCUCCCCCGUACAGCUGCAGAAUUUGAAAAGUACUGGCUGGAGAGCUCUCAGUACAAGGCGUCUCAAGAGGAAGCCAGUCAUGCUGAAGAAGUCGACGCCGAUGGGGAAGAAGCUCUACAGACAUUCCGAGAAGCCCACCACCAGAGGCAAGCUGAGCAUGUGCGCCCCAAAUCGCCCUAUGUGAUCAGCAUCCCAAUGCAAAUUCGCCUUUGCGUUACUCGAGCGUACCAGAGACUCUGGAACGACAAAGCAUCAACCAUCGCUGUCAUCUUCAGUCAGAUUGCACAAGCUCUCAUCAUAGGGUCCAUCUUUUUUGGCACUCCGCUCUCUACCGGCAGCUUUUUCGCCAAAGGCUCUGUCCUGUUCUUCGCUGUGUUGCUCAGUGCGCUGCAGUCCAUUGUCGAGAUCAACACCUUGUACAGCCAAAGACCCAUCGUCGCGAAACACAAGUCUUACGCCUUCUACCAUCCUUUCACGGAGGCUGUCGCAGGUAUUGUGGCCGACUUACCCAUCAAAUUCUGCACCACUACUGUAUUCAACAUCAUCCUGUACUUCCUGGCUGGGUUGAGGUACAGAGCCUCAAAUUUCUUCAUUUUCUUCCUCUUCAACUUUAUAGCCAUGUUGACCAUGUCGGCGAUCUUUCGAACAACGGCAGCAGUUACCAAAACCAUUUCGGCCGCUUUGGCCAUUGCUGGUGUAAUGGUUCUCUGGAUUGUUAUCUACACGGGCUUUACGAUGCAAAGGUCUUUCAUGCACCCGUGGUUCAAAUGGAGUUCUUGGAUCAAUCCGAUCGCCUAUGCAUUCGAGUCACUCCUUGUCAACGAAGUUCACGGCCGGAACUUCCCCUGUGCUCCCACCAGCUUGGUUCCACCCUAUGGUACUGGCAACCAUUUCCAAUGUGCUGUGGCUGGCGCGGUGGCUGGUCAAACCACUGUUUCCGGAGAUGCAUGGGUCAAGUCGUCGUACGGAUACUCCUAUAGCCAUAUCUGGCGGAAUCUCGGCUUUCUCUUCGCCUUCAUGAUUUUCUUCUUCGCGAUCUAUUUUAUCGCUACCGAACUCAACUCCGACACAACCUCGACAGCAGAGUUCCUGGUCUUCAGAAGAGGGCAUGUCCCGUCGUACCUGCAAGGCGGCAAGAAUGAUGAGGAGCGCAUGCAUACCGACGAAAAGGGGUUGAGCACGGCCAAUCCUGUCGAUGAGAAGCAAGCGGAGGAAGUCAAAGCUCUACCUGCGCAGAAGGAUAUCUUUACAUGGCGGAAUGUGACCCUCGACAUUAAAAUCAAGGGCGAACCCCGAAGACUGCUUGAUGGCGUCUCGGGUUGGGUCAAACCUGGCACUUUGACGGCUCUCAUGGGGACUUCAGGAGCUGGUAAGACCACCUUGCUGGAUGCCUUGGCGCAGAGAAUCAAUAUAGGCGUGUUGACGGGCGAUAUGCUUGUAAAUGGCAAACCCCUCGAUCGUUCCUUUCAACGCAAAACAGGCUAUGUGCAGCAACAAGAUCUCCACCUUGAGACCACGACCGUCCGAGAAGCUCUUCGGUUUUCAGCUUACCUUCGGCAGCCGAAAUCGGUGACAAGAAAAGAGAAGGAUGAGUUUGUCGAAGAAGUUAUCAAAAUGCUCAACAUGGAAGAUUUUGCGGAGGCUAUUGUUGGAAACCCAGGAGAAGGUCUGAAUGUUGAACAACGCAAACUCCUGACGAUCGGCGUCGAGCUCGCAGCAAAACCCGCACUCCUUAUUUUCCUCGAUGAGCCCACCUCAGGUCUGGAUUCCCAGAGUUCUUGGUCGAUUGUUGCUUUCCUUCGCAAGCUCGCCGAUUCGGGACAAGCAAUUCUUUGCACGAUCCAUCAGCCAUCGGCUAUCCUAUUCCAAGAGUUUGACCGACUACUUUUCCUGAUGAAAGGAGGCAAGACCAUUUAUUUCGGCGACAUCGGCAAGAACUCGAAGAUUUUGUUGGACUACUUUGAACGGAACGGUGCCCCGAAGUGCGACGACGAUGCAAACCCUGCCGAGUAUAUGCUCGACAUCUGCGGGAAGAAAUCUGACCGUGAUUGGAGCGAAGUGUGGAAGACGACGCCCGAGGCCAACGAGGUGCAGGCAGAACUAGAUCGAAUUCAAGAGGCUAAGCGAUCAGAACCGGCAGGAGACGCAUCAUCGACAUCCGAAUUUGCCAUGCCACUCACAGCUCAGAUCUACCAUGUCACUCACCGGGUGUUUCAGCAAUACUGGCGAACGCCAUCUUAUAUCAGCGGCAAAUUUCUCUUGGGUAUCAUGUCUGCAUUGUUCAUCGGCUUCUCAUUCUACAAGCAAAACAGUACCUCGACUGGGUUACAGAACACAAUUUUCGGCAUUUUUAUGCUUGUCACGAUCUUUUCGUCUCUGGUCCAGCAGAUCAUGCCCCGGUUUGUCAUCCAACGAUCCCUCUACGAAGUCCGAGAACGUCCAUCCAAGGCAUAUUCAUGGAUUGCCUUUCUUGUUGCCAACAUCGUCGUGGAAAUCCCCUAUCAAAUAGUCCUGGCCUUCCUCAUGUGGGUCUCGUGGUACUUUGCGAUCUUCGGCAAGAACCAGAGCGGCGAAACGAGAGGGCUGAUGCUGCUUUUCGUGGUCCAAUUCAUGGUCUUCACCAGCACGUUUGCCCAUAUGAUCAUUGCAGCGAUGCCUGACGCGGAAACGGCGGGCAAUAUCGCGACGCUGUUGUUCAGUAUGAUGCUCACUUUCAACGGUGUCCUGCAGAGUCCGUCUGCACUGCCGGGCUUUUGGAUAUUCAUGUAUCGAGUGUCGCCGAUGACCUACCUCAUCUCCGGCUGGGCAGGCACCGGGCUCCGAGGUCGGCUGGUCCACUGCGCGCAGAACGAACUCGCCAAGUUUGACCCGCCAUCCGGCCAGACCUGCGCGCAGUAUCUGACGGCGUACUUGAACGGCGGCGCACCGGGCCAGUUGUACAACCCCAACGCGACCAGCCAGUGCCAGUACUGCCCGCUCACGUCGGCGGACCAGUUCCUAGCCGGCAGCAAGAUCUACCCCAGCGACAGGUGGCGGAACUUUGGGAUCGGGUUUGCCUACAUCAUCUUCAACAUCUUCGCCUGCAUUUUCCUCUACUACCUCUUCCGCGUCCGGCGGAUCAGCAUCUCCAGCCUCGCCAAGGGCCCCGCGCGCAUCGUGGACCUCAUCGUCAACCAGGGCCUGAGGAGGCUGUUUGCCAGGCACGCCGAGCCCACGCCGCCGGGAAAAGAGGCCGAGCGGCACCGGGCGUUCUGAGUAUGGUCAUGUCAGUCGCUGCCCCGGAACGGGAUGGGAAAACGCAGGGAAUGUAUAAUGUUGGGAAAGGGAUUUGGACAAAUGUGUGAAUCGACUUUGGUUUUGCAAUGUAACUUCAAUUUCUUUUUCCUCUGGUAUAGGAAAGUUUCUAUCAUAGUGCGCAAGGGGUUGAUCUAGCCCAUCCUGGGGUACAGAUUGCGCGGUCUUCAACCGCUCAGUUUUUUUUGCUCAUCACUCAUUGAC